UACUGCAACAAUUCGUUCCGUCCAAUUAUCAGAGCAGCCAUACAUACUGCGACUGUUCUAAUUCGAGCUUCGUCUGCGAGAUGACGUCACACAUUGGCCGGUAUCGCUCCAACAGCCAUCGGAUGCGAGCUGGCAAUACGACCGGCAACAAAGCAGCGCCAAGUCGUAUCACCGCACUGUGAGGUACACUUACGCUCGAACUCGUAGCCUUGAGAAUCGGCUUGCCAAACUUCUUCGGUGAAGACCUGGUCAGCUUCCAACCCGAAGAACCUUCAGUUACCAUGGCAUCUUCGCUACCCAAAGGCCAGACGAUCGUAUACAAGACCAUCAAUGAAUUGACUGUCCCGCUAGAAAUUUAUCUGCCCGAUAAUGCCAAGAAUGUCCCGUGCCUCCUCUGGUUUCACGGUGGCGGCCUGCUCCAAGGCAUCCGCACAUCGGUAUCCCCUCACAUGCUCCGGGCGGUCAACAAAUACAACAUCGCCGUCAUCUCCGCUGAUUAUCGCCUAGCACCUCAAGUCGGAAUCGCCGAGAUCUACGAGGACGUCCGUGACUGCGUCCACUUCAUCCGCAACAACUUGGCUAAACAAAUCGGAGACGGAGUCGUCAACCCAGAUCGUCUCGCAGUCAGCGGAAGUUCGGCAGGUGGCUAUCUCGCUCUACUGGCAGGCUUGUACCUGGAACCCAAGCCACAGGUACUUCUGCCUAUCUACCCUAUCACGGAUCCUUUAGGCCUGUUCUUUACCGUUCCUCAGCCACCGGCCAUGGGUGGAAAGGGGCCGGACAUGGAACAGCUGAAGCCAUAUAUCGAUCCUAACGGCCCGGUUGUAGCAAAUAAUCCCCCGGACAGUGCCAGGUCUCAAGCUUAUCAGCAUAUGCUCAUGUCCGCAAACUUGGCAAAGUUGUUACGCUUUCCAUCUGGCAAGGAGGGCGACAAAUGGAGGGUCGCGAAGAACAUCCAAGCGCACGGCUUGCCGCCGACAUACGUUGUGCAUGGUGACUCGGAUUCGGCUGUUGGUACUGAGCAGGCAGACGAGGUCGUCGGUGUGAUGGUCGGGACCGGAGCGGAAGUAAAGUACGAGAGGUUACACGGUAUUGAGCAUCUAUUUGACAAGGAGGAGAGCGUGGAGCUUGAGGAUAUGUACGCUUUCAUGUUGGCUCACUUGAAGUGAUAGUACGUCAAUUUCAUGCACGUCACCUACCACACCCUUCAUCGACUGAGGCGCCGGCGACAACACUGUACUUAGGAAUUAAGGUGUUAUCGUUCACAAUGUGAAGAAAAUAGACUCAAGUCUGUGCGGUAGUGAGCGGAGCAUCGUACUGCACAGGUCGAAGAGCAUCUCGGCCACGUUUCGGCUAAAUGAAUAGUUUCUGAUACUCUCACUCAUCCC